CAGAAGAACUUGGUGGAAAGAUUGAAAGUCUUCAGUUGUUCGAUGCAGUUGAGAGGAGCAUCAACAUCGGAGUAGAUCUUUUUAUUAAAGUUCUCCGUGAGCGAGAAUUGAGCGCUCUUUGAUUCCCCCCAAAAUAGCUCCAAGAGCUCACCAAGUGCUACCAUUGAGUCAGUUGCCGGCAAACAGUUGCUCCAUUCGGAUCACGUUUCCGUCUGCUCCCCCAAAAGUGAUUUCGUAGUUUGUUGUGUGCUUUUCUCCGGAUUCUUUGAAAUCUUAAACCCUUUGCAUUCCAUCGUACUCGUGCUUGUGAAAAUAGCAACACUUUCGCCAAAGUUGCUGGAACUUUUGUAAAUUGGAUCCUCUCGUUUAUCCAAAAAUAAAAAAGAAAAUAAAAAAUAAAAAUAAGAAAAAAAGAAAAGAGUUGGAUUAACAUGUGGAAUACAGUGUUGGAUGAAAAUUGCUAAUUGAAAUUUCGUGUGAGAGAAUUUACAAGCGCCAAUUAAUGCACUUAAGUCAUACAAUAAAGCCAGUUGGAUAAAGGUGAAAAUUCCAAUUUCACAAAAAUUACAAUUACCGUGCUUGGUGAAGACACAGAGUGAAUUGUGGCUCUCGUUUUUUUUUUAUUUCAUCUUCAUAUCGAAUUGAAAAUGUACAUUGUGAUGUGGAUUUUGUAGUUGAAGAUCUGUUGAAGAUAUCCCAGGAGGGAAAAAAUACAUAAUUCAGUAAUCAUCCAGAUUAAUCUUGAGCAGUGCGCAGCACAUUUAUCGCAGCAUUACGAUCAAAUAAAUAUGUAACAAAAAGUGCACAAUAUACAAUUCCUCGAAGGAAACAUUCCAUACCCCUCAACUCAUCAUCAACAUUAGUUGCGGAAAGGACGAGACUGUCUCGUGUCUCCUGUUUGUCUUCCAGAGACAAGACGCGUACAUUUGUGGGCAUUGAAGCAUUAAUGUCUACCAGACUAUAGUAAUACUAUCCUCUUUUCAACCUCAUCUCAAGCCAAGAGAAUCUUACCAUCUGCAGCAUGGACGCAUAAGGAUAUCCAUCAGGUGCUGUGAACUUCAUAGAGAGUGACAGGGAUAAUUGAUUGCUGGAGACGUGAACUUUUCACCUUUGCCCCUUACCACGUGCUUCAAUUUUCCCAGGGCAAGGAAUGCUAAAAAUUGCAACUGCAGCUAGUGCAGAAUCCAUCCCAAACAACUUUAAUUUGACUUGAUGCAGAAAUGAAUUCAAGUUGUUCUUGUGCUCGUGAAGGAAAUUGGAAGUGAUUCAAAAAAAGAAAUAUACUCAAAAAAAGAAGUGUAAGAGGCUCUUCUGGAAUGUUGCCUCUACUGCAGUGUUCCAAUUCAUGAAGGUUUUUCGCUGUUCUUUUUAUAUUCCAACUUUGCGUUGACAAUAUAGCACUUUGGUCGUGAGCUCACAAGUGAAGUAAAGAAGGGCAGAAUCGAUCUUUCAGUAACAGAAAUUGUGUCGUUUUGUGAAAAAAAAAGAAAAUGAAAAUUCGAAGAAGUGUUAAGUGAAACAAUUGAGAAAUUUUAAACUACAAAACAGUCAACAUGAAUUGCCUAUGCCGCUCAUCAAAGGUCAUAUCCGUUCGGAUUGUCCUGCUCGAUGAAACGGACUUCCUCCAUGAAAUAAAGGAUGAUCUUCAGGGCCAAGCACUGUUGGAUGUGGUGUUCUCUCGUCUGAAUCUCAUCGAGACGGCUUAUUUUGGCAUUCGAUACUUGGACCAGGAGAAUCAAACUCAUUGGUUAGAUCCCUUGGCUCGAAUAUCACGGCAAUUGAAAGGAUCCAACGAACUAUACGAUUUGUACUUUGGUGUGAAAUUCUAUGCGGCGGAUCCGUGUAAGUUGCUGGAGGAGAUUACAAGGUACCAGCUGUUUUUACAAGUGAAACAGGAUGUUCUGCAGGGGCGUCUUCCAGUGUCGUUUGAAUUGGCGGCUGAACUCGGUGCAUAUGUUGUACAAUCUGAACUUGGGGAUUAUGAUCCCAGACGACAUUCUGUAGGCUACGUGUCAGAAUUUCGACUUCUCUCGAAUCAGACGAGAGAACUUGAGAAUCGUGUAGCAGAAUUACAUCAACAACUGAAGGGGUUGUCACCCUCGGCGGCAGAACUCAAUUACUUGGACAAGGUUAAAUGGCACGAUAUGUACGGUGUUGAUUUACAUCCCGUCUUGGGAGAAGACAGUGUGGAAUAUUUCCUGGGAUUAACACCAUCCGGCAUUGUCGUGCUGCGGAACAAAACGACUGUUGCUCAUUACUAUUGGCCGCGAAUUGCAAAAGUCUACUUCAAAGGAAAGUACUUCAUGUUGCGAGUUUGUGAUAAAAAUAAUGAAGUGAGUACGUAUGGCUUUGAGACACCCCGAAAGUCUGCGUGCAAACAUUUGUGGCGAUGCUGCGUUGAGCAUCACGCCUUCUUUCGACUGGUUCGAGUCGCGCCGAUGCAGCCUCAGGCUGGGACAACUGACUUGUUUGCACUGGGAUCACGUUUCCGGUACAGUGGUCGGACCGAGAAGCAAGCCGUCCGGGAUGCCCUGAGUCAUGGGAGGGCUCCGCCUGCCUUCACCAGAACACCAUCGCGGCGACAACCAAGGAGGGUAAUCGAUGAGCUGCUUGAUGCAAAAUCAUCGGAGAAUUCAGGAAAACAGACAAAGCAUGAGAUUAAAACAAUAUCAAUUCCCCAACCGGCACAAAAUUCUGAUGUCCUUUACCGAUCUGCAUGUAGUAUUCCGGCUACAAUUAAUGCUCGCUCAUUCCAAAGAAAUGGAAGCACAGGUGCUCCAGAUUCCCCACGAAGUACAAGAAGUGCUCCCUGGGUUCGUUCCCAGCAACGUGGCCUCUUUGGCGUCACUGCUAGUCCCAGAUCUGUAAGAUCAGCCUCUCGUGAAGCUCCUGCCCAUCGAUAUCGUUCAAGUUCUGUUGAAAGUCACUCGUCCAAUGAUUCAAGAUCCUGUCGGAGGCACAAGAGUGGCAAAAAUCGCCGAACAUCCGACAAUGAAAGUGAAUUUUCACGGGCAUCAGGACGUUCGGGCAGAUCACACAAUUCCCAUCGGAAGCACAGACGCCAAAGAUCUAAACAUCGUCGUAAUGAUUCGGGUUCGGAGAAUGAUAGCAUGAGAACAAGGAGUUAUUCAGGGCAUAGAGUGUCAGCGGGAUCGGUGGAAUUAAUUGACUCAGGGAGUCAGUGGCGAGAAGUUCAGAGGAAACAAGCUGAACUCAAUGGGUACAGUUCCAUUCAACAGGCGUCAGUCAUUAAGAGCAAUCUUGUUCCUAAACACCAAGGCGGGGAUUCUGAACAUACACAUCAUCGGAGCAGAAAGCAUCGCAAACAUAGGUCACCUUCCGAAAGUCGUUCCAAAAUUUGGUCCAGCGAAUUGGCAAAACAUUUGCAAUUUGAUUUGGUGGACACAACUGGCAUGACAGAGGCUCAGCUCCGGGAAAUUCCAUACACUGUGGUAGAGACCAGCUCGAUUAAACGACCCAACACAAAUUCCCUCAAAGUUCACAAGAAUGGCUCGAAUAAAGACCGUGUUGACAGGAUAAGAGGAAUAUACAUGACAGAGAACAAUGAGUCCACUGGGGUGGUAGAUGGUUCUAUAAGAUCUGCCAGUACAAUCAGUUCCAACAGAGAUGUUGAUAGGGAUAGAAAUUCCGGUCUUGUAAGAAUGAUGUCCAGUUUAAGCAUGGGAGACUUUAUAUCUCCGUCUGGUUCCAGUCUCAGUCCACUUGAUGGUUCGGGAUUACGGGUAUCUCACGAGCACACCGACUCUGGCCUAGGAGCAGAUCAAGACUAUGCUUACUCGUCAGAAAGAUCCAGCGACAGUACAAAGUAUGGUACGAAUAAAUCUUCCGGAGCUUCGGUCACUUCGGGUCAGCACAAGAUGACCAAUGGUCAACAGGCCGGUAGUACCUCAUUAGCAAACCAUCAUCAUUCAGUGAGUACCAAUCGGAAGCCACCGGUUCAUCCGAACCGGCAGGCCAAUAGUCUAAAGACAUCGUCGGUUCCUGUACAUAAUAACAAUAAUUACCAAGCCGCUAACAACAAUUGUACCACAUCUUUGCUGAGUAAUCUCGUAUAUCACAACGACCUACAUUACACGUUUAGUCUUAAUCGCAUUCCUGGCGGUGGUUUCGGUGGUGGGUUCGCAUCACCCAUAAGUCCAACGGCUUUACCGUGUAGCGAUGGUCACGGGACUGGCUCAAUACGAGCUCCACGUGGCACAAAGUCAGACAUUGGUGUUCCCAUCAAUCGACGACACAUCUCAAAAUUUUGCACAAAUGCAGCUGGGGUACAUAGCAUUGGGAAAUUGGCAUCGGUAAAGUCAGAAAAUCAACUGGCGGCCUUUAAUAUUUCCGGUGCUUCCAAUAUCACCGACUACCUGGACAAUUAUAAGACUGACGGUGUAGCCAAUACAUUCACGGCACUUAAUACAAGUAGUGCACACAAUAACAAUUUUAUUAGUAACAAUAACCAUAAGGGGUCAGAUCAGCUGCAGCGAACUAAUGUAAAUAACACAACGCUUCCACCCUCCCAUCAAUCAGCUUCUGGUACAGCGGUUGGGCCACUGCUUUACCUUGAUCCAGAACAUGCGGCUACCAACCGAUUUAUAAGCAACACCAAGUAUCGAUCUAAUUACAACCAUACACAAAAUAAUGGAGAAAUGCCUGAAGUGUUCGGUAUGAAGGACAAAGCCCAAACCAAAUGUGCAAAUGAUCAAUUAGCAACUAUUCUUGCUCCAAUUAUCCAAAGUAGACGGGCGCAAUAAUUGGAGAAAUGAGCACUGAAUUAUAAAGAUGGAAUGAUGUGAUCACCAAGUGAUUUAACACGCUGAUGACACCGUGAAAACAUUAGGCAUUUUCUCUUUAAUUUUACUUGUAUGCAAUACCACUUUUUAGUUUUAUAAAUUGCUUGACAUUAUUUUUGGGAAAAAUACAAAUUUUUUUGUGAAAUUUGUUCUGCUGGAAGUUUCAUUUAAAAACACAUUAGUAGCAGAGUCUUCUGCACUUUACUGGAACUUUUUCUUUUCAUUUUUUUUUUUUUUUGAGAAGAUUUUUGAAGACAUGAGUAAGCUCCACCCAUAAAAUUUUAGGUCGCACCCUAUUUAAAAGUGACUUGUCAUGAAGUUUUUAUUUAUUUUACACUGUUUGUUAAGAAAUUUGAAAAAAAUAUAAGAGUUUUAAAGAAUAUCAGGCCUAUAAAUGAAAAUUAUAUUUAAGAUGUAAAAGCAGUGCUCCUUGGUCAAAUAAGCCACGCCCCUUAUCAGAGUUGUGUUGAAUAUAAAUUCUUUUAUCUUUGAAAAAAAAAUGAUUGUAAAAGUCUAUGGUUCUACAAUAAUAACAAAGUUUAUUAUUAAAAAGUCGCGCUAUAAUUCCCUUCACGUGAGCAUGACGGUUAAAUGAGAGUGAGGAGAGUAAAUGGGCGGUCUUGAUCGAAUCCAAGAGAAGGUAUAAAAGAACUUCGUGUUCUGGGACCCACAAAGCAGAUAAAUAUUCUUACGGAGGCUCACAACAACAGAAAUGUAAUAAAUAAAUCAUAAUUUUUAGAAAUAGGAGGAAAAUUGCGAAAAAUUUUUGCUGCCACGCCUAUUUAAAACCACGCCCUAUUUCAGAAAUCCCACAACUUUUAAAUAUUGCCUUACCCAAAAUUCUUAUUUAACAGAAACUUAAAGAGAAAUUGGAGUUAUAAAAUAUUUUCUUCAACUUUUUCUUGUUUAAAAUAAAUCUUCUAACUACUUUGUUAAUGAGUUUAUUAAAUAUAACCUAAAAAUAGCAACUUAUUUGGUUAGAAUUUUUAAUUGUAUUCUUUUUUGGAAAUAUUCUGUGGAUUCUAAUUGUUUCCAGUUUAAUUAAUCAAAAAAUCAACUUUUGAUUCAUAUUACCAAUAUUUGACUAAAAGUUUAGGUUGAAGUUUAAGUCGAACCUGUAAUAAAUCUUGGAAAACAAUAGUAAAUACGGUAAUUUUUAAAAGUUGAUGUAUUAUUUGAUUUUCCUUUCUAUUUUACAGUCAACAGGUUAUAAAUCGUUACUAACUAUUAAUAAGUUGCAGUACUGUAAAAUGUAAGAAUUUUGAGAGAUAUAUUGGUUGUUAUAAUAUAUUCACACAUGAUGUGUAAAAGUCCUAGGGGCGUGGCCAAUUUUUUAAUGGUUUAAACUUGAAAAGCCACGGAGCUUUACAAGGGGAGAACCAGGGUUUAAGAGGCGUGAAACAACGGCGCAACGCACGAGCUGAGGCACUACACUCAACAGCAUAAGGCUGCCCGACUGCCCCUCUCUGCCGAUCGAUAGAUCGGUAGAGGGCUUUAUUGGCUAAGAGGAUCAAUUGAGCACUAAGCUCAGAGCGUUGCCAACUUUGCCUAAGAGCAAAUGUCAAAGACUUGAAUGAAAGGAUAGUUUGCCCACGACUCGAUUUGGGCUCCCCAUUUAGGCAUGGCUUAACAAACUUCGACUUUUAUUUAGGGUAAGUGUGCCAAAUUUCGGCAAAGUUGCAUACAAGCACCGAAGUCCGAAGUUUCAAAUGCAAUAUUUUUAAUUCAUAUUGAUAUUUUUUGUUAUUUCCUUUUCGGGAAGGUUGUGUGGAACCUUGAAAACUAGUUUAUCAUCUCUGUUUUCUUCCUAAAAUAUUUAGAAAUUAAUAAUGGACAUUGCUUUGGGUAGUAUUCCGGCCACUUUGAGUGAAGUUCCGGCCACCUUGUUUGUGACCACCUUUUGUGACGCAACGAAUAAAAAAUUUCAAAACGUCAUACAGAACGAGUUUAAUAUUUAGUUUAAUACGUUUAUAUGACCCACAAGCCCUGAGAUCUUCCGUGUAAUUUGUCCUGAAGACCUGUAGAGUACCAUCUCAAAUUUACGUGCAGGUUCCCGUAGAAAUUUACCUUCCCCAAACUCUUCCAAGGCCUUUUCCACAUCAUCUUUUUCAUAGGAGCGAUGGUUUUUUUCUCUGGACAUUGCAGAACUCAGAAAUUGGAAAAAAAAACACAAAAAGAAUAAAAAAUUUAGGAAAGCAAAAGAUGUUGCCGGAAUAGGCAACACUAUCUCACCGGAGAGACGCUCACAAAGUAUAUACUUUUUUACGCAAAAUACAGGAUCCUGCUGAGAAAUUUAACCCGAAAUUUAAAGAUUGAUUCACUAUUAACAGAAACAGAAACAAUCUUUAAUGAAAACUAAUCAAUUUUCAUGAAAAACACCGAAGGAAAACCUUUUGUACUUCACCACAAAUCGUAAGACUGCUAGAAACACAAUCGAUCUGUCUGAGUUUUUACAACGCAAUUUAAAUUCAAAUUAAUUAUACCUAAAAUUUAACGGUCUUUGUGUUAAUCGUGUUAAUACAUCCUAAAAUGAAUAAAUAUUUAGAAGCAAAAUGAAUUAAUUGAAUAUUCGAAGAUAACAUUCAUAAUUUUAAUUAAUUUAUUUCCAUUGCCGAAAUUACACUCAAAGUGGCCGAAGUUAGAAGCUGGCCGAAAUUUGGCACACUUCCCCUAUACCUGAUAUCAAUGGUGCUGUCUUUGUAAGGUCUCGUAGCAUUCUCUGAAUUGACAAUAAAUAUUCACAGACUUUUACUUUAAUGGCCUGUAAUUUAUAAAUGAAAAUCAAACAAAAAUAUUUAGGGCUGAGCUUACUUAGGACAUCAAAAAUUCCAGCUUAAUAGAAAAGUUUAAUUUUAAAACAAGUUCCAGUAUAGUAAUAUAUUCCAGAUUUUUUUUGGUAUAGAAAUUAAUCGCAACUUUCUAAAAUUCAAUCCUUAAUUCAACAGAAUAUCAAAAUACUGAUUUGCAAGAAUAAGCCUAAAUUUUUAGAAAAUUGUACUGUUUGUGACAGAAUCACAUAAAGUAUAUUAAUCUAUAUGAAUUUUCCAUUUUCAAAUCGAUGUGCAAUCAUUAUAGUUAAAUCAUAUUGAAUGUGUAAAUAAUUUUUAUCAUUCCUUUCCCUUAAUCUAAAUGUUCAAAUGAACAGUAAGAAAUCAAAUUUACUGGCGAAAACUUUAAAAAUUUCCGAUAACGUAUUUAUGAUGUGAAUUCUUAACUAAAAAAAAAGAAUCGUCUAAAGAUUGCAAGCGAAGUUAUUCCAUCUGAGGUAUUUUAUAAAUGGAAUCAGUGGAAAAAACUACAAAAAUCUAGCGAAAUAAUGAAAAAAAUGCUCAGGCGGUUUAUUCUGACUGAUGUUACUUUUUACACUCACCACAACCACAAAUAUACAUAGUUUAUAGUGGAAUUCGAUAUCUUUUAUAAGUACGCAUAUUCACCCACAUUCCAAAGGUUAAUAUAUUACUACAUAAAGAUUUAAUGUAAUGUAAAUAAUAAACAAUUUACAAAAAAAAUAGAAACGAACGAAAACUCAAAAAGUAUUAACAAAGCAUUUUUUAAAUACAUUUUGAUGGCAGUCAAUUGAUUUUCUGUCCAAUAUUUUGUAAACGUCGAAAUUGUUAUAGUUGUUCUGUGGUAACAUUGUGAAGAUUGUAUCGAAAAUUAAUUAAAAUUUGCACUCAUAUUACUCGAAAUCAAUAGUUGUAAUAUAUUGAAUUAUUUUAUCGCAUACCGAAGUUAUUACCCAGAACAUUCAUAAUAAAUUGAAAUGUAAUGAAAACAAUGAGAACGAUAAUCAAAAUUUGUAUGCUGAGCAAAUAAUCGCAAAUCAUUUUGAAAAUUCUAAGGAUUAUAUUAUGAGAAAAAAAAACAUUUAUAAAUCCACAUUGCACAUUUUGAAAUAACAAUUUUUGAACGCAUGAUUAAUGCAUUUAUAAAUGUAAUAACAGAUGUAAUCACUUUUGCGUUUGACUACUUUUUUCGGUAUUGCGCUGAAAUGAGUGGAGCACAAUAUUUAAAAAAAAACAACAUUGUGAAAUUUAAUAUUGAUAUAGCCAGGAAAAAAAAUUUUGUAAUAAAUCCUUAUUAGUGUGAAUAAAUUUAAUUCCACAGA